UCGUUGUCUCUCCUCUGUUCCUAGAUUCUUCUCUUCUUCUACCUCCCGGCUUUCUCCUUUCUAGGGUUUCCACAUUUCAUCAUCGUGCCAUACAUACAUACAUUCUAUCUAUCUCCCCAGUUGCCUACAAUGACGUAUGAUCCGAACGAUGACGACUCUGCCGACUCCGUUCUCCCGGAGUUGAGCCUCCCUGUAAGCGGUAAUCAUCGAGAUUAUUUGAAACUCAGGCUAUCCAUGGAAGAAGAUGGGGAAGAGGCCGACACGGCGGUCGCAGGAGGAGGCAGACAAGUUCACGAUCUUGAUGUUUGCAUGACCCACCCCACCCAAAACAGGGCAAUCUGUUUCCGCUGGUGGGUUAUGGCCAUAUCUCUUGUCAUCGUCGUGGCUAUUCUAGCUGCUGUCAUUUUCAUUUGGAUCGGACCCUUCUUCAUGGACAAGGUUUUUCAUCAUUUUGAAAUAAUUCCAUGGAUGAAUUGGGAGAGAACUGCAUUCAGCAAACCAAUUCUAGCCCUUCUUCUGUUCGUUUCUGUUUCUCUUUUCCCAAUCUUUCUUCUUCCAUCUACACCCGCCAUGUGGGUCGCCGGCAUGUCGUUUGGUUAUGGCCUCGGAUUUCUCAUCAUCUUUUUCGGUGUCGUCAUUGGUGUCUCUCUGCCCUUUUUCCUCGGUUCACUCUUCUACGGUAAAAUUCAAGGUUGGAUGGAUAAAUAUCCCAAGAAAGCUUCAAUGAUUAGAUUAGCCGGUGAAGGAGAUUGGUUUCAUCAAUUUCAAGCCGUGAUUCUAAUCAGAAUUUCUCCAUUCCCAUAUCUUAUUUACAAUUAUUGUGCGGUCGCAACAGAUGUUAAGUACACACCUUACUUGUUAGGAUCUCUUGUUGGAGUUGUGCCGGAAAUCUUCGUUGCCAUUUAUACGGGAAUUCUGAUACGUUCUUUAGCUGCUGCUGCUUCACCUACACAUGGCAGACAUACUCUAUCCUCGUCGGAAAUCAUUUUCAACAUUCUUGGUUUCUGCGGGACUGUUGCGACUACAGUUGUAGUUACGGUUUAUGCCAAGAGUCGGCUCAAGGCGUUACAGGAGGAAGAAGAGCUAUUACUUAACUGA